ACACUGGGAAAUCUGUCUGAAGGAUCUCACACAGUGCAAGUCCGAGGCUCUGGCUGAAAAAUUCAGGAUGGAGAUAUCCCCAGUCCCCUCCAAUUUACCGAAAGGCUUUCACAGUAAAGUGGUGGCACCUCGCAACCCAAAGCUGGUCAGAGAGGAAAAGAAGAAGGAUGGCCCGUUGACUCCAUCUGCUUUCCUGAAAGAGAUGUCUCUCACCACAGAGCAGAGGCUGGCCACUACUCAUGAGGUGCAUUUGCCCCGGAUUGUCCAACUUCUAGACAUGAGCGAAACCUCACACCAGAAGUUCUCUUCAGUUGAUCUGGACCAGAGUCUAUUCCAGCCAUUCCCGUCUGAGGUCAUUUUCCAGAAUUUUGUCCCUUGUGAGCUCUACCAAGUGCCACUGGUUCUGAGAAACAAUGACAAGAUCCCACGGCUGGUGAAAGUUGUCCUGGAGAGCUCCCCGUAUUUCAGAGUCAUCAGCCCCAAUAAUGUGUGCAAUAAAGUUGCACCUGGUAUGUCAUCAAUGUUCCACAUCGUCUUCACUCCCGAAGAGAACAAGGAUUAUUUCCAUGAAUUGACCUGCAUUACUGAAAGGGAAAAAUUCAUCGUUCCUAUCAGAGCAAUUGGUGCCCGGGGCAUUCUAGACUUCCCAGACCAAAUAAAUUUCUCCACCUGUCCUGUCAAAUAUAACACACUGAAGACACUGUUGGUCCGCAACAUCGGCAACCGAGAGGCCCGCUACCAAAUCACCACCCAGAGGCCAUUUUCUGCUGAACCCUCCAUUGGGACUCUUGGAGUUGGGGAGACCACCCAAUUCACUGUUGAGUUCCAGCCAGAAAAGAGUGGCAAUCACUGUAAGGACCUGGUUGUGCACUAUGAUACAGGGGAAGAUAUCCAUGUGAAUUUAUAUGGCGCUGCUAUAGAUGUCAAUAUUCGACUGGACAAGUACUCCUUAGUCAUUGAAAAAACAUACAUAACGCUAGCAAACCAGAGGUCCUUGAUUAUUCACAAUCGGAGUAAUAUCAUUGCCCAUUUCCAGUGGAAGUCCUUUGCAACAGCAGAAGAGGAAGAGCAGAAAAAGCAAAGGCUGUGCCAUACUCUGCAGGCUCAGGAGGAGGAUGCCUUUGACCAGCUUCUGAUGGAAUGUGAUAUGGACCCCACUCUUCGUGAGCAUCUCUCCAUUGUCACUCGCACCUUCCAGAACCGCCAGGCGACAGUGCAGGAAGACCCCAUGCUCUUCAAUAAUCACAUCUUCUCCAUUGAGCCACUGGAGGGAGAUGUCUGGCCCAACUCCACUGCUGAAAUCAGCGUGAUCUUCAGGCCCCAAGAAGCUGGGAUGUAUCACCACGCGGUGUACUGCGAUAUCUCAGGCCGAGAGAUCCGGCUCCCUCUGCGCAUCAAAGGUGAAGCCAUGGGCCCCAAGCUGCUUUUCAAUUUCAACCAGUUGAAUGUGGGGAAUAUUUUUGUUGGAUCGUCCCACAGUUAUGAGGCCGUCCUUUCCAACGAAGGUGCGAUCGAUGCCCUCUUUAACCUGACCUGGCCUGCGACGGCCCUGGGCUCUUGCUUUGCCUUCCAGCCCAGCGAAGGAAUAAUUGAGCCUGGUAGUCAUCAGGCUGUUCGCAUCACCUUCAGCUCCACCGUCCUGGGACAGUUUUGCGAAGAGUUCAAAUUCAAUGUGAAUGGAGCUCCCGAGCCUGUGGGUUUAGUGAUCAAAGGCUGCGUCAUUGGACCAACAUUUCAUUUCAAUGUCCCAUCCCUCAAUUUUGGAGAUGUCUCUUUUGGUUUCCCUCGUACCCUGUCCUGCUGCCUCAGCAAUACCUCCUUGGUGCCCAUGACUUUCCACCUCCGUGUGCCAGGAGACGGCAGUGGAGAUCCAAGCAUUACCAGCCAAGAUCAGGCCACUGACAUCUCUAGGCCAUCAUGGAGGAUGGCAGGAUUUACAGGGGCCAAACCCAAGGAGUUUGCCAUCACACCACAUUGUGGGACCAUCCAUCCCCUAGGGACCAUGGACAUCCAGGUAACCUUGUGUUCCAACACUGUGAAGAGCUAUGAAACGGCACUGGUUGUGGACGUCAGGGAAGUGGGGAAGACGUACUAGCACUUCCAGUUACAGCAAGGUGCCUCACGCCUUGGCUGCACUUGACAA